UUCUAGAUGAUGUUCCACCUUCCAUAGUGGAGCAGCCUGAAUCGAUUAAUGGAGACCAACGUAUUCCAUUAACUCUAAUCUGCCGAGCUACCGGAAUACCAGAACCUUCGUACUACUGGGUGAAGGAUGGUGCUUUAUUUAACGUGGACAGCAAUGAUCGCGCUAGCCUGGAUGGGGGGAACCUAGUGAUCCAAUCAUUAACAACAGCAGACAAUGGACAGUACCAAUGUUUUGCUAACAAUAGGCUUGGUACAGCAAUGUCCAAGAAGAUAUGGCCAUCACUGGCUUUCAUGGAUCAGUUUGAGAACACUGAACCUGCAAGGAUACAAGUUAGGAGGGGACGACCCCUGAAGCUGCUUUGUGGUGGAUCUCCCGGCGUCCCUGACGGCAAUCCUGCUCCCUUGAUCUACUGGACCGAUGCAACUGCCAAACCCACACCCAUCACAUACAACGCUCGGAUUACCCAGGAUCCAGAAGGGAACUUGGUCUUUUCUAAUGCAAUUGCAAGCGACGCUCAAGGCUACUACUGUCAAGCCAUCAACAACGUUGUAGGGUCAUCCCAGAGGGCAGCAAAAAUCACACUCAGUGUUAUAGAUUUGCCAGCAGUUGAACGUAGAGCCAGGUUAGUCACUAAACCAGCAGCAAGCGAAAUCGCCAUGAGAACUCAGUUUUUUAUGCUGAAUUGCAUUGCUUAUGGAUACCCAACCCCUGUAAUCACAUGGAAGCGUGGAGAGGAGCAGCUACAGUCUGGAGGACGAGUAUCUAUUGAAUUUUCCGGGCACGACCUGGUCAUCUCCGCUGUUGAGAACAGUGACGAGGGAACAUAUACAUGUGUUGCAUCAAACACGAGGGGGGAUGAUGUAUUCAGCACAGUAGUUACUGUGGAAUCUGCGCCAUAUUUCCCAGCCCCACCCUCCGAUGAAACCAAGGCACCUGGUGAAUCAGUAGACAUUGAAUGCCGUUCUGAGGGUGUUCCAGCACCCACUGUCGAUUGGUUUGUUAACGGACAAUCUUGGGCUGAUUUUGAAUCCAACAUAGAUACAGAAAGAUGGACUGUGGUGACUGGAGACCCCCAGUUAGCAACCAUAUCUAUCACAAACCUACAGACAACGGACAGCAAUGUGUUCCAGUGUAUAGCUACCAACAAGUACCAAGAGGAACUCACCAGUGUUGUACUCAAUGUAGUCUCCAUCCCUGCUAGGAUACCUAGUUUCACGCCUCUGACGAGGAGACUCAGUGUUGUAGAGGAUGACUCUGCCGCAUUCACCUGCCAUGUUGAAGGAAGACCUACUCCAACCAUAACAUGGACCUUCAAGGGAUCAGUGUUGAGCAACGGGGACAAAUACACCAUCGAUGAAAUGGUGGGAAGUGUAGUGAUCAACAAUGCCUUGGAAGUGGAUAGCGGAGCAUAUGAAUGCUCAGCUGAAAACUCUAUCGAUGGAGAAGAUCAUAUGGCGAUGGGUAGUGCAACCCUGACUGUGCUAGGCAAGACAAUAAUCACCCUUCCCCCUGCUGAUCUGACGGUUCGAGAGGACAGUACAGCCACCUUCCAGUGUGAGAUCACAUAUGACCAUGAGCUGAAUAAACCCACUGUCUACUGGAUGAAAGACAGUCAGAGACUCGAGGCUAAUCAGGACAACUCCCUGAGAAUAGACAAUGCCAUGUUUUCUAAUUCAGGAACCUAUACAUGUUUUGUGGAAACAACCCUUGAUGAGUCUGCAGGCACAGUUCACUCAGUGAACGCUUCUGCUCAACUCGUUGUGAAAGCCAUCCCUGCUAGUAUACCUAGUUUCACACCUCUGACAAGGAAACUGAGUGUUGUACAGAAUGACUCUGCCAAGUUCACCUGCCAUGUUGAAGGAAUACCUACUCCAACCAUAACAUGGACCUUCAAGGGAUCAGUGUUGACCAACAGAGACAAAUACACCGUCAAUGAAAUUGAGGGAAGCCUAGUGAUCAACAAUGUCAAGAAAGUGGAUAGCGGAGAAUAUGAAUGCAGAGCCGAAAAUGCUAUCGAUAGAGAAGAUCAUGAGGCAACGGGUAGUGCAACCCUGAUAGUGCUAGGUACUGAUUUUCCACCUUCCAUAGUGGAACAGCCUGAAUCGGUUACUGGAGACCAACGUAUCCCAUUAACUCUAACAUGCAGAGCUAUUGGAACACCAGCACCUGCGUACUACUGGGAGAAGGAUGGUGCUUUAUUUGACAUGGACAGCAAUGAUCGCGCUAGCCUGGAUGGGGGAAACCUAGUGAUCGAAUCAUUAACAACAGCAGAUGAUGGACAGUACCAAUGUUUUGCGAAGAACAGGCUUGGUACAGCAAUGUCCCAAAAGAUAUGGACAUCAUUGGCAUUCAUGGAACAGUUUGUGAACACUGCACCUGCAAUGGUACAAAUGAGCCAGGGACAACCCCUGAAGCUCCGUUGUGGUGGAUCCCUUGGCGUCCCUAACGGCAAUCCUGCUCCCUUGAUCUACUGGACCGAUGCAGCUCCCAAACCCACUGCCAUUGGAUACGACGCACGGAUUAACCAGGAUCUAGAAGGGAACCUGGUCUUUUCAAACAUAAUUGCAAGCGACGCUAAAGGCUACUACUGUCUAUCCAUUAAUAACGUUAUAGGGUCGUUCCAGAGGUCACCAAAAGUCACGCUGAGUGUUACAGAUUUGCCAGCAGUUGCGAGUGCAGCCCACUUAGACACUCAUCCAGCAGCAAGCGAAGUUGCCAAAAGAACUCAGUCAUUUAAGCUGAAAUGCAUUGCUUUUGGAUACCCAACCCCUGUAAUCACAUGGAAGCGAGGAGAGGAGCAGCUACAGUCUGGAGGACGACUUUCUAUCGAAGAAUCCGCGCAGGCGCUGGUCAUCUCCGCUGUUGAGAUCAGUGACGAGGGAACGUAUACAUGUGUUGCAUCAAACACGGGAGGGGAUGAUGAAUUCAGCACAGUAGUUACUGUGGAAUCUGCACCAUAUUUCCCAGCCCCACCCUCCGAUGAAAUCAAGGGACCUGGUGAAUCAGUGAACAUUGAAUGCCGUUCCGAGGGUGUUCCAGCGCCUACUGUCGAUUGGCUUGUUAAUGGACAACCUUGGGCAGAUUUUGAAUCCAACAUAGAUACAGAAAGAUGGACUGUGGUGACUGGAGACCCCCAGUUAGCAACCAUAGCUAUCACAAACCUACAGACAACAGACAGCAGUGUGUUCCAGUGUAUAGCUACCAACAAGUACAAAGAGGAACUCACAAGUGUUGUACUUAAUGUAGUCUAUUUCCCUGCUAGGAUAACUAGUUACACGCCUCUGACGAGGAGACUAAGUGUUGUAGAGGAUGACUCUGCCAAGUUCAUCUGUCAUUCUAAAGGAAGACCUGAUCCAACCAUAACAUGGACCUUCAAGGGAUCAUUGUUGACCAAUGGGAUCAAAUACACCAUCAGUGAAACUGAGGGAAGCCUAGUGAUCAACAAUGUCAAGAAAGUGGAUAGCGGAGAAUAUGAAUGCACAGCAGAAAACUCUAUCGAUGGAGAAGAUUAUGAGGCAACAGGUAGUGCUACCCUCACAGUGCUAGGCAAGACAACAAUUUACCUUUCUCCUGCUAACUUGAUGAUUCGAGGGGGCAAUACAGCCACUUUCCAGUGUGAAAUAACGUAUGACGAGGAGCUGAUUGAACCCUAUGUCUUCUGGAUGAAAGAUGGCCAGAGACUCGAGGCUAAUCAGGACAACUCCCUGAGAAUAGAGAAUGCCUAUCUUACUCAUUCAGGAACCUAUACAUGUUUUGUGGAAACAACCCUUGAUGAGUCUGCAGGCACAGUUCAUUCAGUGAAUGCCUCUGCUCAACUCAUUGUAAAAGGUCGGCCUGAAUCUCCUCAGAUUCUGAUGCUUCGAGCCAAGCAACAAGAGUUUGCAAUGGAACUUUUCUGGGAGCCUGGCAAUGACAACAACAACAACGCUCCUAUCCAAUAUUACAUCAUCCAGUACGACACCAAGUGGGCAGAUAUGCACUGGCAAUUCCAAGCAAAUGAGACCUCCAGCGGCCUUGCAAUCUAUCGCAAAGUGCUUUACCUGCAGCCGUUCGUAGACUAUCGCUUCCGUGUCAUUGCUGUGAACGAGAUUGGGGAGUCUGAACCAAGUGCGGGAAUAGCUCCAACGGUCGAUCCUCAAGUUGCCCCACCCUCUGAAAACCCAAGCGUACCGGUAGUCAGCGGAAGUAGCACUAGACCCGAAUCGAUGGUCAUAAGAUGGCAGGCAAUUCACCCCUUCUACUACGGUGGGGAUGGUUUCCACUACGAGGUUGCAUACAGACCCAGGAUUUCAAGUGCACCAUUCACAAAGGCUACAGUAGACCCAGAAAACACUGAUGAUAAUCCUACUGGAAUCAUCCAGAAUUACAUUGUAAAUGCCAGUCAAAUUUGCGAGGAGUUUGAGUUCUCUGUACAAUCAAUGAAUAGUGAGGGACCAGGACCCGAACCUGAGAUUCAUCAUGGGGUCUCUGGAGAAGCUUGUCGGCCUGAAUCUCCUCAGAUUCUGAUGCUUCGAGCCAAGCAACAGGAGUUUGCAAUGGACCUUUUCUGGGAGCCUGGCAAUGACAACAAUGCUCCUAUCCAAUAUUACAUCAUCCAGUACGACACCAAGUGGGCAGAUAUGCACUGGCAAUUCCAAGCAAACGAGACAGCAAGUGGCCUUGCAACCUAUCGUAAAGUGCUUUACCUGCAGCCAUUCGUAGACUAUCGGUUCCGUGUCAUUGCUGUGAACGAGAUUGGGGAGUCUGAACCAAGUGCGGAGGUAGCCUCAAGGGUCGAUCCUCAAGUUGCCCCACCCUCUAUAAACCCGAGCGGAGUCAACGGAAGUACCACCCGAACAUCGACGGUCAUAAGAUGGCAGGCAAUUCACCCCUUCUACUACGGUGGGGAUGAUUUCCACUACGAGGUUGCGUACAGACCCAGGCUUUCAAGUGAACCAUUCACAAAGGAUUCAGUAUACCCAGAAAACACUGAUGAUAAUCCUACUGGAAUCAUCCAGAAUUACAUCGUAGAUGCUAGCCAACUUUGCGAGGAGUUUGAGUUUUCUGUACGAUCAAUGAAUAGUGAGGGACCAGGACCCGAACCAGAGAUUCAUUAUGGGUUCCCUGGAGUAGCCUGUUUGGCCGAUCAGUGACUUCCCAGACCAGGCCAUCGACCAAGCCUCUAGGGAGCUUGUCCAACAGCAUUCUGGUGCCUUCCAACAAGAACGCGCAUCCUACAAUUGGUAACAAUACUUGUAGACUUCGAGCUAUAUACUAAUCUUUGUACAAGGCAUAUAUUACCAUUGUGAUGAUUACUCUUAUUAACUCCAUAUUAAAAUGUUAAAGGUAAAGACCAGUAUUGGAAAUGCCCCAAUUUCAAAAAAUGAAAUGGAAGCUCUUAUUACCAAUCAUGUGAAAGAAUAUGUUUU